AGUUACGCCUUCUGCUAAGGCCACCACGAGAGCGUUAGACAAAGUGUCGUUCAGUGUCAAAGACGGACAGCGCUAUGGCAUCUGUGGGAGAACAGGUGCUGGGAAGAGCUCGCUUAUAGCAGCCGCGUUUCGACUGGCGGAGUGUACUGAGGGGCGCAUUCUGAUUGACGGUGUGGAUAUCUCCACCAUACCCCUGCACAUAUUACGUCCAUAUAGGACUCCAACACGUGCGUUAGAUCCGGUUACGGGUGGUUGCAGCUUCACACCCGGCUUUAGUGUGCGCAAUGCUAUUGGAUGCAAAUGUACCGCAAAUGGGCUCUUCUCGGCAGCCAAGCGCUUCGAAGACAUCACUGCUGAGGCCAUAGAAGACACCCCUCACCCCAACCAGGGUGGCAGUGUGUCACAGCAAGGAAACCAAUCAGCCCAAUGA